CUCUCUGGGGGAUUAAUGAGUUUGACCGUCUGCAUUUUUUCUGGCUGAAGCUACUGUAUCUACAAGGCAGCAGAGGAGAGAGAGUGUCAGUACUGGACGACAGUCUCGUGUCUUGAUUUGCACUCAUCAUUGGAUUAUGAAGAGGAAGUGAACAAAGUAACAACUUCCUAUAUGACACAGAAAGAGGCCUUGAUAGAAGGGGUCUACAGGCCUACAUAGUGAAUUAAUUUCCAGUGCAUUUGACCUCAAGUAUUUCAAGAAAUGCAUUAAGGUAUGUAAACAAAACAGCAUUCUGUAACAUGAAUCAACAAAAUUAUGAAAGAGGGGACUUCAGCAUCAUGAAAAUGCUAAACAAGAUGGCUAUUGUUAAAAGAAACAAAACAAAGUCACAACAUUUGAAACAAGAAACAGCCCCCUCUGCAAGCUGCGACCAUUAUCACUUCCCCCAUGAAAAAGAGGAAAAGUGUUGAGACACACAGCAAGUCAAACAUUUUCUCUUGGACAAGGGAUAUUAAAUGGACAAAUGAUAUUUUACCUCUUUUGAACAACGGAUGAUACUUAACCUGCAAGACUGUGAAUUUUAACAUCAGUGAUUGAUCAACUCUUCUUUGUGUGACACACGUCACUCUGCAGUUUUAAUCACCAACUGGACAAAACACUGGGAAAUUGCAAUUCGUUAUUGGUUGGACGUCUCUUGUUGUUUCAUAACAGAGAUUUCAAAAAUGGGUCCUGGAGUGAAAGACGACAAAACAAGAGAAACAGGAGGAAGGAACAGUUUUCCACUCAUCCUUUUUUUCUGCUUGCUGAAUAUCAGCGGCUUGCUUGUCCCAGUCACAGGAUUUGCGCUGAAGACUUGCCGAGUUAGUUACAAUAUUGCCAAAUGUGUCAAAAUGAAACUCAUAGCUGUUCCUCGAGAUAUUCCCUCAACAGUUAAACGUUUUGAUUUGUCUGCAAACAUAAUUUCAAGAGUACAAGUGACAGAUUUCCAAAAUUUUAAGAUUUUGACGCAGUUAGAGCUGAAUUGCAAUAUGAUUUCAGGAAUAGACAACGGUGCAUUUGCCAAUCUGAUUUCCCUCAAGAAAUUAAAUUUGAAUAACAACAAACUUGUUGGACUUGGAGAGGAUCUUUUUCAUGGUCUGAGCAACCUCACAGAGCUCAGAAUUAAUGGUAAUCUCAUCCAAGAUGUGGCCUCCUCCUCUUUUAGGGACAUGAAAAGCUUAACAUUUUUGGACAUUUCUCACAACAAACUGCACCAGAUCACAAAAGUUCAUUCAAUAUUACAGCAUCUGCCACAUCUGCGUGAUGUGAAAAUUAAAAACAACGGUUUAACCACUUUUUGCUCAUGGGAACUGACAAACAGCUCAGUAGAACUCAAACAUCUUGACUUGUCUCAGAAUCCAAUCGCAAAUUUUAGUAUCACUGCAGAUGUUUUUCCAAACCUCACCUGGUUUAACAUUGGUGGCUCUCCUGGAAAGCAACAGAUGAUAUGGGAUGUGCGUAACAAGACUUUCUUCAAUCAAGUUUCUACUCUUGAUAUUAGUGGGCUUCAAAUGGCUUUUGACGACAUGAAAACAUUACUUGAGAUUGUAAACUCCUCACUAACAUCUCUAAGUAUGAAUGCUAUGAAAUGUGGCCUCACUGCGCUUAUCAACAUUUCAUGCACCAUCCCAACUAUGUCCAGACUGGAGCUCCGCCAGAACAAACUCAGUAAUGUCAGUUUAGAUUUGUUUAAGUUGUGCUUUAAUGUAACUGAGAUGGAUUUAACAAGGAAUAAGAUAAAAAACAUCCACGAGAACGCCUUCAGAUCUCUCCAAAGUCUAAGAAUCUUGAGUCUGAGUCGCAAUAGGCUUUCAUCUGUUCCAGCUGCCACAAGGAAGCUACCAAGUCUUACAGAGUUGGAUCUGAGUUUCAAUAUCAUUACCGAACUUGGAUGUGACGAUUUUGCCAAUCAGACAGAGCUGAGACAUUUACAGCUCGAUGGGAAUUUAAUCUCAGCUCUACAAAAAUGUCUUUUCAAGGAUUUGAUAAGAUUGCAAGUUUUAAAACUACAAAACAACCGUAUAUCAAACUUAAAUAGUGCUUUCAAGAAUUAUUUGCCAAAUCUGACAAAACUGUUUUUGAAUGAAAAUGAACUCACUGAAAUUAAACAUGAGGAAUUUAGCGGCUUAAAGUCCCUCCAAAACUUGUCAUUAGUUGAAAAUAAAAUAAAAACACUUGAAGAAGGAUGUUUCAUUGGGCUGAGGAAUCUUAUGGAUAUUCUGCUCCAGAAAAAUAAUUUAAAGGAAAUUGAAAUAAACAAAGGUUGCUUCAAUGAUCUGAUAAAUUUAAGAAGAUUGGAUUUAAGGGAAAAUCAUAUUAAAUAUGAAAAUAGUUCAUCUUUGCCUCAUGCACCAUUCUCUCAGCUGUCCCGUCUGGAGACAUUGGCCAUUCCUUCACAACACCGCAGGCUAAAGUCUUACUUGCCUCGUAACUUCCUGCAAGGUUUGACAAAUCUGUUGUUUUUCAAUUCCAGGAACAUCCAACUAUUAGCCUUGCACAAAGACAUGUUUAAUGACACACCUCAGCUCCAAACACUUGACAUUAGCUCAAAUGAACUUAUGGAUCUCUCUCCAGAUUUGUUUUCCCCGAUUCAAAACCUUAAAAGCCUUUACAUUUCCAGAACAAGUCUCCAGUCUCUUGAUUUUCUUGUAAAUGCCAACCUCACCAAGCUGAAGUUCUUGCAAGCGAGAAAGAAUGAAUACUCGGUCAUCAGUGAAGAAAUAAUAAAGUCCGUACCAGGUCUCAUUUAUGCAGAUUUUCAAGGGAACAGCUUCACCUGUGACUGUGAUAACGCCUGGUUCAUCAAGUGGGUCAAAAACAACAAUGAAACGCAGGUAUUUGAUGCCUAUAACUUUGAGUGCAACUAUCCCGUGAACCUUAAAGGAAUGAAGCUCUUGGAAAUCAACAUCCGGUCCUGCUCAGUAGAUGUCGAAUUCAUCUUCUUUAUCUCCAGCACAUGUUCAAUCCUCUUUUUUAUGGUGGUGUCCUUUACCUACCAUUUCCUGAGGUGGCAGCUGACCUAUGCCUACUACCUCUUUUUGGCUUUGCUCUUUGACACAAAGCAUAAAAACAAGCGAGCUCCUAAUCAGUAUGAUGCCUUCAUCUCCUACAACACUCAUGACGAAGCCUGGGUCAUCAGAGAGCUGCUGCCCAAACUGGAGGGAGAACAGGGCUGGAGAUUGUGUCUGCACCACAGAGACUUCGAGCCAGGUAAACCCAUCAUGGAAAACAUUACAGAUGCUAUUUAUGGAAGCAGGAAGUGCAUCUGUGUGAUCACUCGCAGAUACCUUGAGAGCGAGUGGUGCUCCAGAGAGAUGCAGGUGGCCAGCUUCCGUCUGUUCGACGAGCACAAGGACGUGCUGAUCCUGGUCUUUCUGGAGGAGAUCCCCGCCUUCGAGCUGUCCCCUCACUACCGCAUGAGGAAACUGCUGAGAAGGAGGACCUACCUGAGCUGGCCUCGAGCCGGUGAGCAAACCGAGCUGUUCUGGGAGAAACUGCGACAGGCUCUGCAGACCAGGGACGAUGGUGCGGAGGACUGCUUCCUCCUCCCUGUGGAGGACAGACCAUGAUGAAAAGAAAUACAGUCCUCUUUGUAUGAGGUUUACAGCCUCAAUAGUACAAUGUUGUGACUCAUUUGAUAUUCUGUUCAGCAUAAAAUCCGCUAAACGAGGAUUCAUUACCGUUUUAAAUGACCAAAUAUUGAACAUUCUGUUUAGACACAUUCAUAAGAUCAGCGGCACUUGCUAAUCAACUAAAAUGGAAAAUUGGCAGACACAAGUUGAAAAGUUUCCAUACAACGAAACCCAAAAAUCAAGUUAUGACUGAAAACCAGUUAAACAAAUGUUUCCCUGUUGAAAGACUAUUGACACUUGUGAUUGGAUUGUGACAGCAAAAGCUCACGAUAAAAGAAUCCCAACGUGAUUGGUUGUACAGCAGAUUUGUAUUUCCGUUUCCCCUGACAGUGGCAGAUAUUAAAAAAUGGCAGGAAAGAAGAGAAGUAGUAUUUGUUUUUAAAACCAAUAUAUCCUUCAUUUUGAAGGGCAAUGACAACAAACCCUAACCCUACUGAAGUUUAACACAGCAUUAAUAGAAUAGCAUUCAUAUUCUCAUGUAAAUCUCUUGUAAAUAUUAAAUUGAAGCCAUGCUAGUGGUGUAGGAAAGGCAGUGUCCGUCUAAAAUAUCUCCACUUUUGAAUGGAUUGCCAAUACAUUUUUCUGGCAAUUCGUUCACGCUUCCCAACUGCCAUUGCAAAACUUGGAUUUAUGACCAAACACCUUUGUUAUAUCUGAUAUACAUCACAUUUUUAGUCUCUGUUAAGGCAGAAAUGUUAAGUUUAAAUGUUUUGAUAAAUUAAAAUUGACGCUUGUACUCUUUUGUUCUCAGUAAUUAUAUUGUUGUAAAUUUUAAAGUGCUUACCUUGGCAUCUUGGAUUUUUUGGAUUUUUCCAUUUAGUGUAAUUACGUUUCUUAGACAAACUUAUGUAAUGAGAUGAUAUGGUGUGUGACCUUUUUUGUGACCAAAGAAAUUGAUUUUCUUUUAAACUUAAGUUUUGUUACUUGUUCUAUAUAGAUGAAAUUAAAAUCACCCAUGUGAAGUUU